AUGUUAGCAUCGUGGGGCACGAAGUGGAGAUCCUCCUACUGGUUCGUUACGGCCGUGGUAGGCUUAGGAAUCGUCACCGACCUUCUGGUAUACUCUAUAGUACUCCCGGUUAUGCCGUUCCAUCUAGAAAGCUUGGGAUAUACCAAUGUUGCCUCGUUAACUGGAUGGCUUUUGUUCGGAUAUUCUGGAGGCUUAGUGGUCGCGACGAUCCCAACAGCCAUGCUGUCCGAGCGUUAUAAUUCCAGAAAGGCUCCCCUGCUUUGGGGGUUGCUCUUCCUUAUUGGCUCGCAGGUUAUGCUUAUGGAGGCUCCUAAUUACCCUGUAAUGGUCGUUGCUCGUAUAUUGCAAGGAUUGAGCUCGUCCAUGGUCUGGGUAGUCGGCCUGGCACUGUUAUGCGACUGCACUCCGAAAGAAGUCAUUGGUCGUCAACUUGGGAUUGCGAUGACAGGCCUUUCCGUAGGGGUUAUAUUGGGUCCCCCACUCGGUGGCUUGCUUUACGAUCGCUUCGGUUUUCGCGGGCCUUUCGUUUUCGGGAUAGUCUCAGCUUUUGUCGACCUCGUCGGUCGCCUGCUCAUCAUUGAAUCCAAACUUGGCCUUCUUGAGUCUCCUGCCCCUGCCCCUGCCCCGACAAUUACACCACCGAUACCCAUAUCAGACACAAUCGUUUUCCCGAACACUAAGGAUGCCAACGACCACACAGGUGCGACCUCUAUUCCCAUGACGCCACGCACAUCGUCAAGGGCGAGUCAGCCCACCGACGUCGACUCGGAAAGCCAAGAGAAAGCCCAUUUAUCGCUGUGGCAAGUUUUGGUCCAGCUAGCCAAGUCACCCCGCGCUUUGUCUGCGCUGUUUGUAACACUUACCAACGGGCUUGUGUAUGCAACUAUAGAGCCUGCGCUUCCACUGCGUCUCCAGGAUGUAUGGCACCUGGAUUCUACUCGCGUUGGAAUAGUUUUCAUCGCUGGCCUUGCACCUUCGUUAUUAUCGGCGCCUAUUGCGGGAUAUUUGUCCGACAAAAUGGGACCCGAAUGGGUACUGCCCUUUGCAUUACUGCUCUCCAUACCAUGGUGGCUACUUUUGAUCAUUCGCAAAGAACUUGGCAUGUUUAUAGCCUUCUUCGUCUUUGCAAGCUUUUCGGUCUCUGCGGUGAUAUCACCCGUCACGGCAGAGCUUGCCACUGUUUCAAGACACAUCAAAGGUAUCGGAUUCGCCCACGUAUACGGCGCUUUCAACGUGGCGUACGGUGUCGGCUCUGCCCUCGGACCCAUCGUCGGCGGUCAACUUUAUGAUCAUGUCAAGAAUUAUGGAUGGACCAUCAUCUGCAUAUUCAUUGCAGGCAUGUUAGUAGUGGGCCUCCCUCUCGUCCUUUGGUGGAGUGGCGAUUUACCACUUUGGAGAAGAUUGAGGAAUAAACUAGCGUACCCGGGGCCACGGCCACAGCCUUCCUCUACACCACAAGUAGCGCAUUAA